AUGCGCGUCGCAGUAUUCGGCGCGACUGGUGUCCAGGGCGCCGCCCAGAUAGCCGCCCUUGCCUCCGCAUCUCAUCACUCCAUCGCCGUGACGCGGCGAUCCGUCGACCCCACUGCCAACCUCAAAUCCUCCGAUGCAGACGGCAGUGGUGCUGACGCCGCCGCCCGCGCUGCACUUGCAGCUGCAGCGGAGACCCGCACCGCGGACUUCACCUCCGUCGAGACACUGCCCGCCGCCCUCGCGGGCGCGGACGCCGUCUUCCUCAACCUGCCGUCCUUUCAGCCCCGCGAGCCCCUGGUCGCGGCCGCCAAGGCUAUCGGCGAGGAGGCCGCCGCGCAGUCCGCGACGGUGAAGCUUGUCGUCUUCAACACGAGCUUCCCCGUCCCGGAGCAGGAUGCCGGCAUCGAGGCGCAGGAGACCCGUCGUGAGAUGCGGCGCGUGCUUAGGGAGGCGACCAAGGGAAGUGGCGUCGCGGUGGUCUCGCUCCAGCCGGUUGUGUAUCUGGAUAACCUGCUCGAGGGCUGGGCGCUGCCGCGUCUCAGGGAUGAGGGGCGCAUUGUGUACUGCCACAAGCCCGAUCUCGAGGUCUCCUGGAUCUGCCACGAUGACCUGGCGGCGUUGAUGGUUGCCGCGCUGGAGCGGGAUCCGAAGGAGCUUGACGGGCGGGACAUCCCCGUGGGCGGCCCGGAGACGGUGCGGUUGUCGCAGCUUGCGGAGAAGCUCGGCCGCGCGUGGGGCCGGGAGGUCGGGCACGAAAACCAGAGCGUCGACGACUUCGCGGGUGAGAUGGCGGCGGCGUUGAAGGGCGCGCUGGAGUCGCAGGCCGGCAAGGGGGUGGAGACUGUAGUUGAGGAGACGAGGAAGGCUUACACUUGGUACAACGAGGCCGAGGAGAAGCCUUUCAAGGUUGAUAUGGGGUCGGUCUUGAAGGAGUUUCCCGCCAAGUUGACGCCGAUUGAGGAGUGGGGGAAGCGCAAGGGGUGCCCGAUCAAGACGAAGUGA